CAGUUCAUGGGCUAAUUUUUCUCUUCAAGUGGCAGCCUGGAGAGGAACCAGCAGGUUCUGUUGUUCAGGACUCCAGACUGGAUACAAUAUUUUUUGCUAAGCAGGUAUGAUUUGGUCCUCUAUUUGAGGCCACAGAACUCUGGAUGGUCUUACAUACCCUUUGAGCUAGGAUACCUAGGCACAAUGAGGUAAUUAAUAAUGCUUGUGCAACUCAAGCCAUAAUAAGUGUGCUGUUAAAUUGUGCUCAUCAAGACAUCCAUCUAGGAGAGACUUUGUCAGAAUUUAAGGAAUUUUCACAAAGUUUUGAUGCUGCAAUGAAAGGUUUGGCACUGAGCAACUCAGAAGUGAUUCGGCAAGUUCACAACAGUUUUGCCAGACAACAGAUGUUUGAAUUUGAUGCAAAGUCUUCAGCAAAGGAAGAAGAUGCAUUUCAUUUUGUGAGCUACGUUCCUGUUAAUGGUCGUCUGUAUGAGCUCGAUGGCUUAAGGGAAGGACCAAUUGAUUUAGGUGCAUGCAACCAGGAUGACUGGAUAAGUGCUGUACGGCCUGUCAUAGAGAAGCGUAUACAAAAAUACAGUGAAGGUGAGAUAAGGUUUAACCUGAUGGCUAUUGUGUCUGACAGGAAGAUGAUAUAUGAGCAGAGGAUUGCAGAGUUACAGCAACAGCUGGCAGAGGAGGAGCCUAUGGAUACAGAUCAAAGUAGUAAUAUGCUAAGUUCUAUACAAUCAGAAGUUGCAAAAUACCAGAUGUUAAUUGAAGAAGAGAACCAAAAAUUAAAAAGAUAUAAGAUCGAAAAUAUUAGAAGAAAACAUAAUUACCUGCCUUUCAUCAUGGAAUUAUUAAAGACUCUAGCAGAGCACCAGCAGUUAAUACCAUUAGUAGAAAAAGCAAAAGAAAAACAGAAUGCCAAAAAAGCUCAGGAGGCCAAGUGAAGAUGACUUUGCAUAAUACAUACAGUUAUUUGCUUCUGAAACUAUUUUCAUGAUUACAAAUAAAACUUUUCAUAAACUUCAAAUUUUGUCCAGUGCACGUUUGACAGUUGUAACACUUUGUCUUGUACUGUAUGCACGGGUCUGAUUCCUUCCUUCCCCUGCAUCUUGUGCAUGUAGUACUGCUAAGCAAUGUUUAAGUUCUCUUCAGAUUCAGUAUUUAAGUCUGAUUGCUGAAAACUUGGGAGGUGGACCCAAAAAUGUGCAAGGAGAACAUGCCCAUGUUGUCCCGUUUGAACAUAUAACGAUACAAACGCCAGAGUUUUAAGCAUAAGCAUGAGCUUUCUUUGCUCAUCCCUACUAACAGUUACAAUACCUUCCAGUUGUUCAGUGGCAUAGCCUGUGUCUUUGUUUUUAUGAAGUAUGUGUCUAAUUUUUUUACAAAAUUGAAAAGUAUGAAUUUAGCUGUAGAAACAUUUGCAAAGACCAAUGUAUAAUCUUAAAAGAACUGCAUUGCUUUAGUAGAAAAGAUAAUAAAUAUUCCCAUUUUUAUUUUGGCAAA